GCGCACUAUAAAUACGAGCUCUUCGCCACACCUUUUUCAAUCUCUUCGUUUUCGUUUGCUACGCUCGUCGAUCCUCCGCCUCAUCCUCGUCCCCGGAUUUUUGGCUUUUGUUGUGUCUCUUUCGCAAAUCCGGCAAGAUGCAGAAUGAGGAAGGGCAGAUGAUGGAUCUCUACAUCCCGCGGAAAUGUUCUGCCACUAACAGGCUGAUUACAGCAAAGGACCAUGCUUCUGUCCAGAUUAAUGUUGGGCAUUUGGAUGAGAAUGGUAUUUACACCGGCCAGUCAACCACCUAUGCUCUCAGCGGUUCCGUUCGUGCCCAGGGCGAUGCCGACAGUGCUCUUGAUCGGCUCUGGCAAAAGAAGAAAGCCGAAAUCCGACAACAGUAGAUUUUCUGUUCUAGAUUAUUAUGUUCGAUCACCGAGCUCGAGAUGGCUUUCGUAAGAAUCGAUUGAGGUUUAAGAGUGAAUUUGUUCUGAAAUUCGGAGUGGAUCCUUUGUUCUAAACAUUACUCUCAGCUUUUUGUCAAACUAUCAGAAUUGUUAGGGCUCUCUUGAAUUCUAAUUUGAUUACUUUUGAACUUAAGAGGCUUUUACAGCUUCAAAGUGUUUGGAUACGGAGAGAUGGUUCGGCUGAGAUUUCUUAUUUGCUUUU